CCUGCCAUUGGCUCCUGCAGUGCUCCACCCCUGAGAGAUAGCGUGGGUUAGAGCAGGUGGUAAGUUGCCAGGCUUCCCUUCAGCUCCAGGUCAACCUUAAAUACGGGAGUGUCUCAGCUGUCAAUAACAUGAGGAUAUGAAGUCGUCAACAGAUCCAGAGAAGCAACAUUUGAUUGACACUCAUUUGGAGACUCUCGUGUGGGUGAGCAGUCCAGAGAAAAAGUGCUCAGACUCAGAAUUUGAUGAAGACGCCCUCAGUGUGGAGGGGCUGUUGCAGCACGAAUGGCUCUGCCAAGAGGACGAUUGGAGGUCGGUGACUGAAAGGGACUCUAGAUGUUUGGCCAGAAAGAAGCUUUUCACUGCAUGUGCCGUCAGCCUCGUGUUCAUGACAGGAGAGGUCAUUGGUGGAUACGCCGCUGGCAGUCUGGCCAUCAUGACGGACGCAGCUCACCUUCUGACUGAUUUUGUCAGCAUUGUGAUCAGCAUCUUCUCUCUGUGGAUCGCAUCGAGGCCUAAGACAGGAACUAUGACUUUUGGGUGGUAUCGAGCUGAGAUUCUGGCCAUGUUUCUAUCUGUCGUGUCGAUCUGGGCCGUGACAGUAGUGCUCGUCUUAUCAGCCGUGCAGAGGAUCUCCGACGGGGAAUACGAGAUUGACAGUGAGAUCAUGCUCAUAACAUCAGGCUGUGCUGUGGGGGUCAAUGUCCUGAUGAUCCUGAUCUUGCAUCAGCCUGGCAGCUCACAUGGCCACAGCCAUGGGUUUGCCACCAACCUGACCCAGAGGGACAAACAUGGGCAGAGGAACAGCCACGGUAAUGCAAGUGUGAAGGCAGCUUUCGUCCACGUGGUGGGAGAUCUGGUGCAAAGUGUCGGUGUCAUGCUGGCUGCCACCAUCAUCCACUUCUGGCCUGAAUAUAAAGUAGCAGAUCCGAUUUGCACCUUCCUGUUCUCUCUUCUCGUUAUUGGGACAACGCUUCCUGUCACAAGGGAUGUUUUCAGGAUACUACUGGAAGGCGCUCCUCGGGACGUGAGCUUCGGUGCCGUGAGAGAGCUGCUGCUGUCUGUAGGAGGAGUCACCGCCAUUCACAGUUUACACAUGUGGAGCCUCAACACGACUCAUUCUCUGCUUUCCGUGCACCUUGCCACAGAGGAAGAUGCUGAUUCGCAGAUCAUCCUCAGGAAGGCAACAAGGGUCCUGCGCUCCAAGUUUGGUUUUACCAGCAUCACAAUUCAAGUAGAGAGCUGCAGGAUUUCGGGCAGCAGUGUAGAGGUUUAAAGUUGACCGAACAGAGACUGGUGACUGCAAAAAUAAAGGCACUGGGUGCUCCCAUUUAACAGCUUCAUAUUUGGGACUGACCAGCUAAUGGUAGAGCUGAACAUUUGUGGCUUGGUACCGCUUCUGCAACAGAUUUUAAAGAA